CCCACCUUCGGCUGCACGCAGAAGCAAGUGGCUUGCGUGUGCGAGGUGCUGCAGCAGGGCGGCAACAUCGAGCGGCUGGGCCGCUUCCUGUGGUCGCUGCCCGCCUGCGAGCACCUCCACAAGAAUGAAAGCGUGCUCAAGGCCAAGGCCGUGGUGGCCUUCCACCGCGGCAACUUCCGCGAGCUCUACAAGAUCCUGGAGAGCCACCAAUUCUCGCCGCACAACCACGCCAAGCUGCAGCAGCUGUGGCUCAAGGCGCACUACAUCGAGGCGGAGAAGCUGCGUGGCCGACCCCUGGGCGCGGUGGGCAAGUACCGCGUGCGCCGCAAGUUCCCGCUGCCGCGCUCCAUCUGGGACGGCGAGGAGACUAGCUACUGCUUCAAGGAGAAGAGUCGCAGCGUGCUGCGUGAGUGGUACGCGCACAACCCCUACCCGUCACCCCGCGAAAAGCGCGAGCUGGCGGAAGCCACGGGCCUCACCACCACGCAGGUCAGCAACUGGUUCAAGAACCGGCGGCAGCGCGACCGGGCGGCCGAGGCCAAGGAAAGGGAGAACAGCGAGAACUCAAAUUCCAACAGCCACAACCCGCUGGCUUCCUCGCUGAACGGCAGCGGCAAGUCGGUGCUUGGCAGCUCAGAGGACGAGAAGACGCCGUCGGGGACUCCGGAUCACUCGUCCUCCAGCCCCGCUCUGCUGCUCAGCCCGCCACCGCCCCCUGGGCUGCCGUCUCUGCACAGCCUGGGCCACCCUCCGGGCCCCAGCGCGGUACCAGUGCCCGUGCCGGGCGGAGGCGGCGCCGACCCUCUGCAGCACCACCACGGCCUGCAGGACUCCAUCCUCAACCCUAUGUCGGCCAACCUUGUGGACCUGGGCUCCUAGAGCCCUGCUCUCCUCGACGUGCUUGCCUUCCCAGCUUGGCGCCGGGGACCUGAGAGAGACCGCGACGGGAAGGCAACUGGUGCCGGCGUCCCAGCAGGUACUGACAGACCUACGCUGAGCGGGCCUAACCGCUGGUCAGGCCAGGGCAGACAGCUGUCUCUUUUGGUCCUUUUUUUGGAUUUUAUUUUCAACAAGUUGCUUUUGAGAGCCUGUGGGGGGAGGGCAGGGGACUAGGUCUCGAACCAGGGAAAGGAAUAAAUUAUACAUUAUUCUCAUCCUCUCACUCUCCCUACCUUCUCUGCUUUUCUCUCUUUAUGUCUUUCCCCCUUUCCCUUUUC